UUCCUCUUUCCGAUUAGUUGUCAAUUUAUCAUUCAAGAUUUUCAAACAUUCAACGGUCAAUUUUUCCGAUUCCUAACAGCUAGCGAAUAAUCAAAUCAUAUGACAUAAAAACCUUCUUCAUUCACUUUGACCCACUCGCGUUUCCAGAAACCUAUGACCAACCAUUAUCAUCACAUUACAAAACAUAUAUAAACUCUUCCCAACUUGUCUCCUUCAUUAGUAUGAGACAGUCAAAGAAAGUUUAUUUAUUUUUCCUUAACCUCCUCUUGUUAUGGGACUUUCGUUGAGAAUGAGACGGCGAGGAGGAGCCAAGAAGGACAUACUAACUCCGGCGAUGAGUUCCUCGGAGGAAGAGGAGGAAGAAAUCGUUAUUCCGUCGCAGUUUCAGUGUCCGAUAUCGUACGAUUUAAUGAAAGACCCGGUGAUUAUCGCCUCGGGGAUUACCUACGACCGCGAAAACAUCGAGAAAUGGUUUGAGUCAGGUAACCAAACGUGUCCGGUGACUAACACGGUUCUAGCCACUUUGGAACAGACACCGAACCACGCGAUUCGGAGGAUGAUCCAAGAAUGGUGCGUCGCUAAAGGAUCAUCGUUAGAUCGUGUUCCGACCCCACGUGUUCCCAUUUCAAGUCAUCAAGCGAUCGAGAUUUGCGGGAAGCUAUUGUCUGCGACGCGGCGUGGAGAUCACGUGGUGUGUGUGGAGAUGGUCGAGAAAAUGAAGAGGUUAGGGCAAGAGAGUGAGAGGAACACGAAAUGUUUUAAAGCAAACGGCGUCGGAUUGGUUCUUUGCGUUUGUUUCAACGCGUUUUCCGAAAACGCAAACGCGUCGGAGUUGUUGGAGGAUGUUUUGCUUUUGCUGACGUGGAUGUUUCCUAUUGGGUCGGAAGGUCAAGCGAAUUUAACUUCCACGACGUCGUUUACGCGUAUAGUGGGGUUUCUGAAAAGCGGUGAUCAAAACGCCGCGUUUUUGGUCAAGGAGCUUUUAUCUCUCGACGAAGCAAUCGUGCACAAGUUAGCCGCGAUUAACGGCGUUUUCGACGCGCUGGUGAAAUCGAUUCGCGAUUCGUCGUCCCUGACUUCGAUCUUCCACAUGAUCUCCGCCAAACCAGAGACUACCUCGAGAUUUAUGGAGCUGGGUCUGGUUAAUUCAACGGUGGAGAUGCUUGUUGACUCAGAGAAUAGCGUUUGCGAGAAAGCGUUACUGGUUCUAGACGCGAUUUGUGAAAGUAACGAAGGGAGGACGAUAGUGAGAGGAAACGAGCUAGUGAUGCCGAUUCUGGUGAAGAAGAUUCUGAAGAUUUCAGAGUUUGCGAAGAAGAGUUUGGUUUCUGUGAUGUGGAAGAUUUGUAAAAGUGGAGAUGGGUCUGAGGUUGAGGAAGCGUUGCGAUUAGGUGCGUUUAAGAAGCUUGUUGUGAUGUUACAAGUUGGAUGUGGAGAAGGGACGAAGGAGAAAGUUACAGAGUUGUUGAAGAUGAUGAAUAGACAUAUGAAGAUGAAUGGAUUUGUUGAUGUUUCUGAUUCUUCAAUUGAAUUUAUGCAUUUAAAGAAGCCUUCUUAAUUCACUUUUAUUUGUUAAAUAAGUGGAAACAACAUUUGUUUUCUAAAUCAUAGACAAUUUUGAUUCAGAAAACAAGAGUUCAAGUUCCAGGUCGGUUUUGUUUCUCCUUCGGAGGGAAUUUUAAUUCAGUUUA